UGAACUUGAGCCUCUUCCUCGCCUGACGGACCAACAUGGCUGGAGCUCUUACACUGCUUCUGAUUGGUCGUCUGCUGCACGGUUCCUUGUGUGAGGAGUUUAACAUUUUUAUGCCUAAGUCUAUCAGAGUGCCAAAUGGAUCCUGCGUGACCAUCCCUUGCUCGUUUACCAUAAAGGACAAAUAUAGAUAUUACUUAGAUACAACGUGUGAAGGAGUAUGGAGAAUACAUAACAAAGAUGGCGAUGAUGUGUUUGGUGUCAGUGAUCCACCUAGACAACAAACUACAGAGAGACUAACUGGAAACCUGACAGGAAACUUAAAGCAAAAAGACUGCACCACCACCUUGAACAUACGACCUGGUUAUAAUGAAAACACCUCUCCGACCGUGCCCUUGUUGUUCCUCACAGUUUCUCCGCAGAUCCUGCCCUCCUCUGGCUGCAUCAGAGCUGCAGCCCAGAUCAACUGCUCCUGUGAGAUGGAGGGAAACCCCUCUCCCGCUGUGGAGUGGCAGAUGGACGGGAGACCUGUCAAUGACUCUGACGUCUUCACCAUCAGACAUGAGCCUCUGAACGCCACGGGUCUGGUGAGGAGCUUCAUCACCAUUAAUUCACAGGGGAAGGAUUUGUCCACCCUGGUCUGCCACAGCACCAACUCUGUGGGAUCUGCAAGGCUUCAGUUUUAUGUUCCCUCCCUGGAAACAUCUGUAGAAAAUCAAGGACGAGUGCUGUUGCUGCUCUUAAUUGCCAUAGUCGCUGGUUUCAUAGCAGUCACACUAUGUGCUCUACUGUUUGUUAUCAGAGCUCAGAGGAGCCGCCACAACCCUCCUAAGAGUCACACCACAGGUGGCACCAGUACAGCUGUGGCUUACCAAGCUGUGACAAGUGGAGAGGGAAGUAAGGUGCGGACCAUGCCUGAGGAGAAGAUCUACAUCAACACCAAGGAGCUGAGAGCGUCACCUCCGUCUUCAGCAGCAACCAUCUCUGAGGCAAGCCGCACCAACCUGCCAAGCUCUGAGCCACACAGUGCAAAAGGCCUCGGUGAAAGCUCGAGGAAGGCCAACACAGAGAGUGAUGUGUAG